AUGUUCCUAAAGAAGCACAUCACCGAAGCCGAGUCGCUGCCAGAGCGCCACACGCCGCGCCUGAAGCCGUAUGUCGAUAUGAUCAUCUCUGCGUUCCAGGACCGCCGUUUCCAGCGGCGCACCUCUGUGUAUCAGAAGCGCGACCUGCAGGACCGGGUUGCGAAGAAGUCGUGGACCGGGCCGCCGUCGGAGACAAUCUACGGCGGCAUCUCCGUCUGCUCCAACGACAACAACGAAGUCGUCAUCUCCCUUGCGGUCCGCGACACGACGUACUUCCUCGACUUCUCCGAGCACCGCUUCCCCAUCGACGAGCGCGCCCACCCCUCCGCAGACGUCAUCACCGACUUCGUCCUGCUCGAGCUGCGCCGCUACGAGCACGAGCACCUGGAGAAGUUCGUCGGUAUGGCUCUCCCGCGCGAGCUGGCCGAGCGCUGUCCGCACCUGUGUCCGCGUCUGUGGCGCGAGCUCGACAUCGUGCCCCUCGUCCUGCACGGCAAGGGCGUCCACAGCGUCGGCUGGAUUAAUCGCGAGUACUGGGAUACGAAGACGCUGGAUGAGCAGGCGGAGUCCGUGGCGCGGAAGUGUAUUACUUUCUUCGGACCCAACAAGGCGCCGCUACUGCAGGUGGGGUAUCGCGGGUGUGUGGAGGUUGAUUGUGGCUUCCAUGCUGUGCUGGCGACGCUGCCGGAUUAUGAGCUGACGGUUGGCUCGCGGACGUGGAACUCGGUGCUGAGGUACGCGGAGGACCUGAAGAAACGCAAGGUCAAGGUUGCGUUUUUCAGCGCCACGCCGCAGGGCGGUGGUGUCGCGCUGAUGAGGCAUGCGUUGGUGCGAUUUGCGGAAGCGCUAGGGGUGGAUUUCAAGUGGUACGUCCCCCGUCCCCGCCCGGCCGUCUUCCGCAUCACAAAGACAAACCACAACAUCUUCCAGGGCGUCUCCAAGCCCGACGAGCGCCUCACAGAGGAAAACAAGGCCGCGCUCACAGACUGGAUAGUCGGCAACGCCAAACGCUACUGGCUCGGCAAGGGCGGGCCGCUGUGCGCCCCUCCAGAAGGCGGCGCGGACAUCAUCGUCAUCGACGACCCGCAGAUGCCCGGCCUGAUUCCCCUGAUCAAGGAAGUGACGCCCCUACGGCCCGUCAUCUACCGCAGCCACAUCCAGAUGCGCAGUGAUCUGAUUGCGGACCCGACGACGCCGCAGGCGGAAGCGUGGAAUUAUUUCUGGGACAGCAUCAAGUGCGCGGACCUGUUCAUCAGCCAUCCUGUCGCGAGCUUUGUGCCGCAUAUGGUGCCGCCGGAGACGGUGGGGUAUUUGCCGGCGUCGACGGACUGGCUCGAUGGGUUGAAUAAGCCCAUGGACGAUUUUGACGUUGGCUAUUAUGGCCGUAUCUUCAAUGCGAAGUGUCGCGAGAUCGGCAUGACAACCAUAGAUUUUCCUGACGAUGAGUACAUUGUCCAAAUCGCCCGCUUCGACCCAUCAAAGGGCAUCUUCGACGUCCUCGACUCGUACGAGAAAUUCCGCGUUCUCUUCGCGGAAAAGUGCCCCAAGGACGAGAAACCCCCGAAACUGCUGGUCUGCGGGCACGGCUCUGUUGACGACCCGGACGGCGUGGCCAUCUACGACGCCGUCAUCGAGCACAUCGAGGACAAGCUCCCGCACCUCAAGCCGUCCAUCUGCGUCAUGCACAUCCCGCCGUCCGAUCAGAUCCUCAACGCGCUCCUCUCCAAGGCGCGCGUGGCGCUGCAGCUCUCCACGCGCGAGGGCUUCGAAGUCAAGGUCUCCGAGGCGCUGCACAAGGGGAAGCCGGUCAUCGCGACGCUGGCCGGCGGCAUCCCGCUGCAGGUGCAGGACGGCAAGAACGGCUUCCUCGUCGAGGUCGGCGACACCGACGCCGUCGCCCAGCACCUGUUCGCCCUGUGGACGGACGACGAGCUGUACUACCGCCUCAGCAGCUGGGCGGCCGACAGCGUCAGCGACGAGGUCAGCACCGUCGGCAACGCGCUGUCCUGGCUGUAUCUGGCCAGCGAGCUGUCGAAGGGCAGGCCCGUGGCGCCCCGCGGGCGCUGGAUCAACGAUCUAGCCCGCGAGGAGGCGGGGGAGCCGUAUGGCCGGCACGAGAAUCGGUUGCGGAGGACGCUGGGCCAUGAUAAGGGGGUUGGGGGUGCGGAGUUUGGGCUGUGCUUGGGGAAGUCGAGGCAUGCGGGGGGGAAAUAG